AUGGUGCGCCACGAUAUCGCCGUCGAGACGGUCGGCGACGACUACGAAGCGCAACGUCAGGCGAACAUCAAAGCGAAUCUCGAGCUCAUGAUGUCGCUCGGUCUCUAUCAAGGCUCCACCCUGCUCAAACCCAAACCGACCCCGUCGCCGCCCAAGCCCAAGUCGAAGCCUGCCCCGAAACCCGCUUCGCCCGGGUCGGACGACGAGGGCCCCAUUUCGCGACCGCGCCGAAUCACACGCUCCGUCUCUCGGGUUCUCGACCCGCCUCGUCGCAAGUCGCGGGGUAUGAAGCGUGCCCUUAGCGACGAAGGCUACAUUUCCCGCAAACAUACGCGCGCGGACGAAGCGUACGAUUCGGAUACAUUCGUUGUCUCGGACGACGACGACGAUUCGUCCUACCGCACGCAUCUCCGUCGCACCUCCAGUGGUCCACUCAACCCUUCUCGCGCCUACCGUCCGGAACAUACGCUGCAACGCCACGCCGACCGACUAGGAAAGCGUGUGUACGAUCCAAAGACGUUCGGCGCCAUCCCCGGCGUUCCGGUCGGCACAUGGUGGGGCAAGCGCAUGGAGUGCUCCACUGCCGCUGUACACGCUCCUACUGUCGCCGGCAUCAGCGGAAACGAAGAAGUCGGUUGCUGGAGCAUCUGCCUGUCCGGUGGAUACGAGGACGACAUUGAUCUCGGAACCACCUUCACCUACACGGGCUCGGGCGGUCGAGAUCUAAAAGGUACCAAGGACAACCCGAAGAACCUGCGCACCGCACCACAGAGCAGCGAUCAGAGGUGGGAGGGAAAGAACGCAAGUCUCAAGCGCAGUGUCCAAACGGGGAAACCGGUGCGCGUGGUACGCGGCUACAAGGGCGGGAAUCAAUUCUGUCCCGCGGAAGGCUACGUGUAUUGUGGGUUGUACAGGGUGGAGAGGGCGUGGAUGGAGAGGGGGGCGAGCGGGUUCAAGGUGUGCCGGUUCGAGUUUCGCAGGUUGCCUGGACAAGAUGCAUUGCCUACGUUCGAUCAUGACGAAGAGGAGUUGAGUGAGCACGAGACGGAGGUGACACCACCCACCGGCGUAUCAUCGCAAAUCUUCACGGUGGACCUGACUCAGUCGCCCUCACCCGCCCCCUCGGCGGCGUCCACCCGCAGCACAGCUUCGCGCACCUCAAACCCAAUCCUCGUCAGCCAGGAUAGCGAGUUCGACCGCGCCAGCUACAUCAUCGUCUCCGACACCGAGGACGAGGCGGACGAGGUGGAGGAGACACUCCUGCAGCUGGAACUGCCGGGCGCGUCGCCGACGGAACGAGUCGUUCGGUCGAGCAGGCGCAAAAGCCGGGUUGUCAGGUACACGCGUUGA